UUGAAUCUCAGACAUCACAUGGCAUCCUCCUCCUCCUGAUUGGGGUAUUGUCACUUCGAAUAAGCCGCAUGCUGGUUGGCUGAAAGGCAAUCAUCCCAUCGUUGUGAAGCAAACUCUCUGCGCUCCACAGCGAGGAGGAAGACGAGGGACGGCGGAGCGGAUCGCCUCUGCUCCCACUUUCAUUUUUGUGAAGGGCUGUCUGGCAAUAGCCGGCACAGACCGUAGGCGCUGUGGUGGUCCUGGUGGUAGUAGUGGUGGAGGAGGACCGGUGCGAUGAUGACGGGCAAAUCUGUGAAAGACGUUGACAGAUACCAGGCUGUCCUCAACUCUUUACUGGCUCUGGAGGAGAACAAAUACUGUGCUGACUGUGAAUCGAAAGGUCCAAGAUGGGCAUCCUGGAAUUUGGGCAUCUUCAUCUGUAUCCGCUGUGCUGGUAUCCAUCGAAACCUGGGGGUCCACAUCUCUAAGGUCAAGUCUGUCAACCUGGAUCAGUGGACACAGGAGCAAGUCCAGUGCGUUCAAGAGAUGGGAAAUGCCAAGGCCAAACGUCUCUACGAGGCAUUUUUACCUGAGUGCUUCCAGCGUCCUGAGACAGACCAGGCUGCCGAGAUCUUCAUCAGGGACAAAUACGAAAAGAAGAAAUACAUCGAUAAAGUCAUUGACAUCAAGAUGCUCAGGAAAGAAAAGAGUUGUGACAACAUCCCAAAAGAGCCAGUUGUAUUUGAGAAGAUGAAAUUGAAAAAAGACAUCAGCCCGAAGACAGAUUCCCAGUCUGUCACAGACCUGCUCGGACUAGAUGCCCCAGCUCCAAGCCCUGCGGUGUCUAAUGGUGGAGGAUGUGUUCCAGACAGUAAUGAGAGCCCAGUGGUGUCUAACGCAGCCCUGGCACACUCUGCCCUGGAUCUCUUCAACUCCCUCCCAGCCCCCUCCUCUGCUUCCUCUACAAAAAGCACGCCUGUUUCCAGCGCUAUGCCUCAGAGCAGAGUGACUGCCUCAGUGCCUGAGAACCUCAGCUUGUUCUUAAACCCAGCACCCAAAGCAGAGGAGGGCACUGUCAAGAAACUAUCCAAGGACUCCAUUCUUUCCCUGUAUGCCUCCACUCCCUCGGUACAUGCCAGCAGUAUGGCUGCACAUGCAGGCUUGUACAUGAACCAAAUGGGAUAUCCAACACACCCGUACGGUUCAUACCAUUCUUUGGCCCAGGCAGGGGGAAUGGGGGGCACUAUGAUGACAUCACAGAUGGCCAUGAUGGGACAGCAACAGAGCAGGAUGAUGGUGGUGCCACAAAACAGCAUGAUUGGAAUUCAGCAGAACUGCGUGAUGGGGCAGCAGAAUGGCCUGAUGGGCGCUCAGGGCGUCGUGGCUCAGCCUAGCGGCGUUGUGCCGCCACCCUACAUGACAGGAAUGAUGGGACAGCAGCAAACCGGAAUAAUGGUACAGCAGCAGAACAGUGUUAUGGGACAGCAACAGAGUGGGCUGGUGGGACAGCAGCAGGUUGGGGGUUUGGCCACAUUACCCCACCAGCAGGUUUACGGGGUCCAACAAGCCCAGCAGCUACAGUGGAACAUCAGCCAGGUGACUCAGCACAUGGCCGGCAUGAAUCUUUACAACACCAGCGGCAUGGUGGGAUACAGCGGUCAACAAACGGGAGGUUCAGCAGCUCCAAGUUCGGCGCACAUGACGGCGCAUGUGUGGAAAUGAUCUCGUCUCUCCGAGAAUCGAUGGAGCGCCAACGACCCGCAAAAAAAGAGAGGGAAAAGCUGUGGAUCAGACUCUCCAUAAAACAUUUUUUAAUGCAAGGGAGGAGGAGGAGGAGACUGAUGUGGAGAAGAAGAAGAAGAAG